GUCGAGCAGCCAGCGGCCAGCCGUCGUCGGCGACGGCAGCGGCGGCGGAGGCGUGGCUUGGCGUAUGAGCCACUUUUCGUUGCCGGCAUGCGCCUGACAAGACGAUUCGCAUGAGCUCGUGCCGUCCUCUACUCGUUCCACCCAGACCUCUCGCGACCUCGGCGAUUUACGGCUCGAGCACUUUGCUAGUGGUUCUAGCUGAACUGUUGAGUUUCGUCUGUGCAGUGGGCGCCUACGACGAUUACGGUGGCGGUCAUAGGAGCCAUGCAGUGGCAGGAGUGCGGCACGAACCUGAACGACAGAUGGUCUGUAAUAAUGGUACUGACUACCAAUGUAUCUGUCGUACGGGAGUACCACCAGCUUCUGACGUUAUAGCUGGACCUCCUAUUAUUGAGUGUGACCAAUUUAUUCAGUCGCUCGAACUGCCAGUUGUUGACAUGCGAUUACGGCAUGUCAAUCUUGAAGCGCAUCUUCACACGAAUGAAAAAUACGAAACAUAUUUCAAACGUCGUAUCGCCAAUAUCGUCUCGUCGUAUUGUGAACAUCAGGCAAACGAAUGUCCCGGGGCUACUUUACGUCUUGCACAGACUGUUUCCGAUGCAUCGCGGUCAGACGACGACGACGACAAGUCCGUGCUAUAUGCGGCUGAUGAUGAAUCUGAACCGCUUCUCACUCAGAACAACGUCGUGCUGUUACGAGUCGAGCGAGAACCAGUCAACGUCACUCGCAUACUAUUCGCCAUUACCAAGUCCGAGAAUGUCGGUUCACUCAAUGAACAGAUGAUCAUCGACCCGGUCAAGGUGAAAUACAUUCUUGGAAGUCAAGCCGGUCCACUAGCCCGAAUAUUAGGAGGAAUCAAGCUGGACAGUGUUCGUGUCUCUCGAAUACGACGUCACCUAUCACCAGCUGAUACCGACAACACCAAACUCAUCUACAUUCUCUCAGUCGUUGGAGCAUUCUUUGCUAUCUGCUAUAUAAUCGGAGCGAUACGAUUGUGUAGAGAUGCCCGAAAACGAAAGCGAGAGCGAAAAGCUGCUGAAGAUGCGGCCAACGGUCUCGCAACAGUCAAUGCCAUUCCCAACUAUGGCGCUUGUCAACGAAAACCAUCUAAAAACGGAGCGGUGAAGCAAAAAACUGAGCAGAAUGUUCCCACCACUUAUGGUGAGAUCAACGAACCUGUAGAGAAUUACGAUAGCAAUGAGCCACAUGUAUUAACCGAACGCCAAGCUCGUUUCAUGUUUAUGUGUGACCCAUCACAGCUGCCUAGAGAACCAACAUUCGAUUCGGAAACGGCGCUUGAAAGUGAGCCGCAUCCAAGAUCGAGUGCUCCACGAGAGGAAAGAAUCGUCGAGGAGAGGUACAAACAUACAGAAAACCCGGUGAAACCUGUGAAAGAAGAACCUCCCGAGGAAAAGCCAAAGCAAACUCCAGCAGCCAAUGAGCAAGAAGUCCCAGUUCCUGCUCUGGUGCUGGUUCCCUCGUUCUCACUGGACUCUCCUAUGACCUCUGAAGAGUCACCCGUUGCUGCCGAGCCGACUACGGCCUUUCUAGAUGAGCCAGAUAGCCCGGACGAUAGACCAAAAUCACGGCGAGGUAGCCGAGUGGGAGACGAAGUGCUCGAUCUGCGCGAGGUUGGAGCAUCCCCAGUGAACGAGAAUAACGGUUUCGGGCACCCACAUGAAGUCAUCGUCGUGGACGUCGCCAAAGAGCGGCGGAACCCCGAACUGAACCGAUGGUCCAGCAGCGAAGGCGAAGUGGACGUCUACUAUAAACUCAGUGAUGAUGAAGACACUAUCCGAGGUGACGACUGGUCUAGAAUAAAACCGCCCCCUUUGCAAGAGAACAACCUUCGAUCAGAGGAAAGCGAAUCGGAUGUCGAUGAUGAGGAAGACGAGCGGCUGACGAAGCAGGAUAGCGAGGUGGACGGCUAUGUCUACGAACGAUUACGUGAAGAAUUAACACCUGUGCCUCCGGACAGCUAGUGGAUAUGAGCCAGAUCUGAACUCUUUGUAAACAUUUCCCUUAUCUCUUGCCAAUUGCCAAAGCUCAAGUUUAUUGACACUGACACUGCAAAUGGGUAUGUCUGUUCUCUCCGAGACAACUCUCUCCAAACUGUCUCUCUCCUCGCUUUGUUUAUAGGAAAGCGCCAUUUCUAUUAGAUUAUAAUGGCAUGUAUUAUAUGUGUGUGGUUAGAUGGCAAUAAUAUAGGCGAAAAUUCUAUUACUGACAAUUAAUUACAGAAGCAUAAGAAAUAUAGUAUUUUGUUGCUAGCUAUAGAACUCUAGAAGUUAUAUUAUGAAGAUUUUUGAUAAGCAGAAACACUGCGUUAUCAUUUAUUUAGCCGUUAUAUGUGAUACGACCCAGUAGCUUCUCCCGGUGUGCCUCGAUAUCACUCGCUCUUAGCUUUAUAGAUUUAUCUACUUGCUGAAUGUUCUAUUAACUCACAUUCUACGAAUGCUUCGAAAAUAAAGAUCAAUAAAG